AUGUCCGAUCACCAAGAGUUAUGCGUCGUUCUCACCGAACUCUACAGUCUCCUGGUCGACUUUGGAUACAUCGAUUCGGUCGAUAUUAGUUGGCCUCCACACACGGAAAACCCAUUACCUGUCGAUGAAUUCCAGAAAUGGGGCUACAGUCCGGCUGUGGUCGAGUUGCUUCAAGCGAUACCACGGCCCCGCAUAGCAUUCGCGUUGAAUGGUGACACAGAGACCAUCAACUAUCACGAUGAAGAGAACAUCAAAUACACUCGCGUUGCGCCAUUCUACGACGAGGAGCCCGACCUGGAAGACAGCGAAUACCCGACUCUGCCAGCACACCAAGUCGCAAUCACGGCAAGCAAUAAUAUCAAUGUUGGUACCAUCAUUCUGGACACACAUAACGGGCAGGCGGUGCGCUGGGUCCUUGUGAACGGGGACCUGGACGACUGGGACGAAUGGGGCGCAAAGGAUGCGAAAGACCUCUUCAAAGAGUUCAUCGAAAAAUACAAAUCGCUCGAAGAGAUUCCUCUCCGUGGCCGAGGCAUCAUCACCGAGAUCCACACUGAUCUCUAUCACAAUACCAAGAAGUUGCUUCUCGACUAUGGAUGGCCCGACAAGUUCAGAAAGGAAGAAUUUCUCGCGGGUUUCGACGACAACAUUCGAAGAUUGGAGGAAGAUGCUCGUCCGAAGGGACCGGUCGAGGACCCUGCUGUCGUUGCCGCGGAGGAGGAGGCCAUGCUCAUGCGCUACCUUCCGCAAGACCUGAAAGAACAAUACUUACGCGAUAAGGCCGAGAAACAGGCACAGAAAGCAAAUGUUCACGACCAUGACGUCGAGAUGGGUGGACAGGUCCCAAAGCCCGGAAACCAUGGAGCAGUCAGCGACGCGGCACAGGACGAGAUCCCAGAGCCUGCCCCAGAUACGGUUCCGGCACACCAUUUCGAUCGAGUCUUGCAAAUGCUCAGUACCGAUCCUGUCAAGAUCGCAGAACAAGAGGAUUUCUUCAUGCCAGGCCUGUCACUGGAGCAAAAACUGCGAUACGUCCGUAUCAAGGCCGAGAUUCAGGCAAUGGGAGCAGGCGAAGACGCGGCCACAGCAGCGAUAGAUGAGAACCUUCUCAUGCGCUAUCUAAGUCGGGAGCAGGAGGAGCAAUACUUACGCGACAAGUCCGAGAAAGAAGCACAGGAUGCCGUCGAAAAGGCCGCUAGAGAUGAAGCCAAGAAGCUCAAGGUGUCUGACUGA